UUUAAUGCAUAACAUUUAUCUUGCCAAGACAAUAACCGAUGAAAAAUCCAUAACUAUCAUACAGAAUCAUCCUAAACCUACUCCAUUACGUGCUAAAAUUCAUUUGCUUGAUCAAGAGGAGACUCAUUUGCUAUUACCGAUGGUAUUGGGUGUUGCUAUACCCAUCUCGAUUUCAUGCUUUAUUGUACCGCUGGUGGAGGAACGCAAAUAUCACUUGUUGAUGCUACAAAAAAUGGCCGGUAUCAGUAUGGCGCGCUAUUGGUGUGUUAACUUUUUGUGGGAUUACGCAACGUUCUUUUCGCAUACUAUCGUUUAUACAAUUAUACUAGCGUUAGCGCCCAUUGAAGGAUAUUCAUUCUCAGACAAAAUGUAUGCAAUGCUACUAAUGAAUAUUUACGGAAUACCCGGUUUAGGGUUAAUAUAUGUUCUCUCAUUAUUCUUCUAUUGGACAAUGUGGUCUGCGUUUCUAAUAACGGUUAUAAUACAAAUUAUUACAGGCAUAUUUUCGUAUCUUAUUUAUUGGGAUGUCCUGGAAAACAAUGAGAUAUUCUUUUAUAUUUGGUCAAUAUUUCCUACUUUUUCGUUGAUGGAAGGCAUAAGCAACGUAUAUACCCAAACCAAGGAGGAACUGUAUUGUGAUCAGGCAUGUAUGGAGGAUGACGACUGUGAUAAAUACGAUAUGUGCGCUGCGCUGCCGCAAUGUUGUCUUACAAGUAUUUUCAAAUUUGACGAUCCCGGGAUUCUAUUAUCAAUUUGCUUUAUGCUAACGUCUGCAGUAUUUCUUUUUAUUGCACUUUGCCUCAUUGAAUCAAGAAGAGCACGAAAGCGAUUCUCAUCGAAAAAAGACGUUAAAUCGCUGCAUUCUGCAACACAUCCUUACGAUGACGACGAUGUAAUGAAAUUGAAACAAUUUAUAGCCCAGCAAGACUUGCAAAGUAGUCUUAAAAAACGAUUUAUGGUUGAUCAGCUGGAAUACGAAAUACAAAAAACAACGAACUCAUUGAAUACAAUUUCAUUUCUGGCUGAAGAGUAAGUGAAAGUAAAAUCCUUUAUAUUACUCGGUGUUAUUAAUACAUACUAUGUAUGUAUGUAUUUACUCCUACGUAAAUACGUACGUCGUAAACUGAAAUGCAAAUAGAAGUAACUAACAUUUUCACAUGGAAC